AUGAAUCUCAUUUUUAAGUUUUUUCAAUAGGCAUAAAUAGAAUUGGAAAAGAAGAAAAGAAAAAGAGUUAUUGAAGAAGAAAAUAGAAGGAAAGUUGAAUAAGAAAAAAUAAGAUAGGAGGAAGAAAGGAUGCUAUAACUUGAAGAAGAAAAUAGAAAAAAGGUUGAAUAAGAAAAAUUUAGAUAGGAGCAAGAGGAUAGAAUGAUAAAAUUACAAUAUAAGGAAAGGAUUAAAUAAAUCGUAUAACCAAUAGCAAAUUAAACGUUGAUAUAAUAAGAAAUUUGUAAACAACCUAUUCAUCAAUCAAUAUAAACAUUAAACUAAGAAAUUAAAUAAAUAGAUAAUCAUAAUACUCUUACAAAUAAUCAAAAAUAAUUCUAUAAAAAUUAAUAUUAAUAAUAACUAUUUACUAGAUUAAAGGAUUAAGGUUUAGUGUAAUCAAUUCCACAUGUAAAGCAGAAUAUUGAGAUUUCAAAUCCUGAAUUAGCAUUUUACGUGUUAAAAGAAUCAUUAUUGAGAGAUUAAAAUAGAGAAUUAUUGUUUACAAGCUAAUAGAACUCAUUUGGAUUUGAUUCAGUUAUAGGAACAUUUGGCUCUGACUAAUCUUGUCUUAAAGUUAGAAACACUAAUCUUGAUUAUGAUUCAAUAGUGAAAGAUACUCAAUUAUUAGAACAGCAUAUAUUCGAAUUUAAAUAUAAACUAUCUAAUUCGCUUAAUAUUUCAAUUGAUUAGAUUGAAAUUUUAGGAGUAUCAAAGGGAAGUUUUUAAAUUAACUUUUAAAUUAAAGGAAAAAAUAUAGAUGAGAUUUAAAAAUUAAUCAAGGAUUAGCCUGAAGCAUAACAAUUUUUAAACGAAUAUUGUAAUGGCAUGAUAGAAUAGGUAGUUUAUUUUAUUUAAGCUAGUGCAAAUGGAGUUACACUUUCUUCUGAUGAUUUUAAUCCUUCUCACAAUAUGAAUUGGUAUGGUUCUACUGAGAAAGAACAAAGAGGACCUCCGUAUCAUAGAUAUGAUUAUUAUUUUCCAAGAGGUUGUUAUGGAUUUGGAUUAAAUAUAAAAAAAUAUGGAGAUAAUUAAGAUUGGAUAUUAAUGAAUGGUAACCAGAAUGAAUGGAGGAUUUUGUAUCAUGGUACAAAGUAACAUUUUGUUAGUUCAAUUGUAAAAAAUAAUUUAAAACCUGGUAGUAAUAAUGGCUAUUCUCAAUACAAAUGUUAAGAUGAAUUCAAAAAAGAAGUAAAUGUCGGAGAUGGAAUUUAUUUCUCAGAUUAGAUAAAUAUCUGUCUUAAAGAUGGAUAUGCUACAUACACUUAAGUUGGUAAGAAAUAAUUUGCUGUAAUCUGUAUGUCAAGAGUUAAUCCAAGAAAAAUUCGACAAUGCAAGGAAAUGGAAGGCAAAAGAUAUUUUGUUAUUAAUAAUUCAGAAGAUGUUAGACCAUAUAGAAUUUUAUUACAUGAAAAAAAAUGA